AUGCCAGCCGACUAUCAGUCAACAGCUAGGGCAUUGUCUCUAUCGCCCUCUUCUCCGGAUCCUAUACCUUCUUCUCCAAGCAGUGAUGCUCAACCACCCUGGAGCCGCGACAGGCGCAAUUCUGGUUGGUCGAGCGGGGAGGACACGAGUUAUCGCGAACAGCUUAUCCGUCGUGGUACAGCGCUGUACCAACGCGUGAAUAAGAUAUGGGAGGAGAUGUCGCUAUGGAAGAAGAUUGGGACUGUCUGUGCCGCUUUAUUAUUAGGCGUAUUGGGCAUCGCGUUCCUGUUGUUUACCGGAAAGUUAUUCAUCUGGCUUGGCCCGGUCGCUGAGAAAUGGGAAACUUCCUGGCUCGCUGCAUUCAUUCUCUGGUUAUGUGUGUUUUUUGUCUCAUUCCCUCCUCUAGUGGGUUGGUCGACAUUUGGGACUGUGGCAGGGUUUAUAUUUGGCAUAUGGAAAGGAUGGCUUAUUUACGCUUCUGCAACAAUUCUUGGCUCGACUGUUUCAGUUUAUGUGUCGCGGACGAUUUUAUCUGGAUUCGUCCAUCGCCUUAUGGAACGUGACAAGAGGUUCGCCGCGUUGGCCCUGACAUUGAAGUAUGACGGGCUCAAGCUUCUUUGCAUGAUCCGAUUAUGCCCACUACCUUACUCAAUUUGCAACGGAGCGGUGUCCACGUUCCCUACAGUGCAACCACUGAUGUAUGGAUUGGCGACAGCCAUCAUCUCACCCAAAUUGUUGGUUCCUGCCUUCAUCGGUAGUCGAAUCCGUCUGCUCUCCGAAAAGGGCGAGGAGAUGAGUGCAGGAUCGAAAGCCGUGAACAUCUGCAGUAUAAUACUUACCAUCUGUAUUGGAGUAUUUACCGGAUGGUACAUAUAUCAAAGAACAUUGGCUCGUGCAAAAGAACUCGAAGAACAAGAGCGUGCAGAUCUCCGAGGUUCUCUCCAGUCUGACCAUGCAGCGCGCCGCCCUCAUCAUGCGUUUUCGGAGGAUCCCGAUGUGAACAAAGCCGCCACCACACUUGCUAGAGACGAGGAAGAGCGAAUCGGGUUCACUGAUUUAGACGACGACCAUGUUGACCUGGUCCUGGGUGAUGACAGUGAAAGUGACAGUGACCAGCGAAGUCCUUGGAAGUCGAACAGGAGGUCAUAUCAUGAUGAAUUCACUGACAAUGACUCGGAUGGGUUUGCAGGGGACGAUACAUACGGUCUGCACAAUCAUGUUCAACACUAG